AUGAAAGCGGUGACUAGCCUUGAUGGUUACCUUAUUCUGCCCAUCCUGAUUGGUAAAAAGAAGUUAGCAGCUUCCCAAAGAAUUUUAGAUAGUGCUACUAAUAGGAUUGGUAGCUGGUAUAAAAGAUUAUUGUCUAACGGUGGGAAGGAGAUUUUCAUCAAGUCAAUCUUUCAAUCAAUUCCUACUUACGCGUUCUCGAUUUUCUUUGUUCCUAACGGCGUUAUGGAGGAGCUUCAGGAUGGGGGCCUCAGGUUCAGGGAUUUAAGGCUCUUUAACAUGGCUUUGUUAGGCAGGCAAGUGUGGCGUCUUAUUAGCUGUAAAGACACGUUAUGCUUCAGAGUUUUGAGUGCUAAAUAUUUCCCGGAUAGGGAUGUUUUUCAUCCUAAGCAUAUUGAUAAGCCCACUUUUACUUGGCAAAGCAUUGCUAAAGCUGCUAGGUUUCUAUACGAGGGAUCUAGCUGGAAUGUAGGUAGAGGAAGCAAGAUCGAUAUUUGGCACGACAAUUGGGGUUUUGAAGGGAUUUCGAGUGAUUCAAUUGGGCUUAACAAGAGGGAGGUCCAAGAGGAAAAAGUGAGUGAUCUGUUGAACAAUGAGACGGAUGGCUGGAAUGAGUGA